AUGCUACGACCGAUGAGUACCCGCGGAGGGUCGCUGGAGUACGUGUAUUACUUGUGUAAGUUUUUUCCAUUAGAUUUGUAACUAAUAUUGCCCAAAAUUUUUUAUUUGUUUAUAUUUUUUUGAUGAUAUGUUGUAACUAGAUACAAAGAUUCUAUAAAUUGAUGUUUAUAGCUAUAUAAAAACGAUUCGUUUAUAAAAAUUACUGUAAUUUCAGGGAAUAUAUAUGCCGACGUUGAUAUUCGCUAUGCUGACGCGAAAGACAUUGUCACGAUGGCUACGGGGCGUCUGAUGUUGCUCGAAAUCGGAAUGGACUUUGUAGCCUUCAUCAUGAACAAGGUCGGAUCACGACACACGCUUCUAACGGCCUUCACAUCGUCAGCGUUCGUCUUCUGGAAGACGGCCGUCUUUCUGAUGCUCUACGUCGCCGUUCCAGAAGGUAACCCCAGCUACUUCGUGGAAGGCACUCCAGGUUGGAAGAUCUUCCUCUGCUUCUGGUUCAUGAACGGGAUCUGGAUGGUGUUGCCCUUCAUCGUAAUGUGUGCUUUGUGGAACAAGAUCGCGUUGCCAAUCGAGAACCUGACAGUAGAGGGAUCUUGUAGUAGCAGCAUUGAGAGAAGAAACCUUGUUUGA